UAAUGUAAAUAUGAAAGAGCACAGUUGUAAUUGAAUUAUUGGAAAUGCAGUGUAUUGAAAGUAAUGUUCACUUGAAAGAUCACUAUUUAUUUGUGUGGGAUACCAUGUGAUAACCCACGUGCUCAACGAUUUCCAACGAAACCAUCGAAAUAUCGAACGCAUAUGCUUUGAUGCGCGCGCAUGAGGAGAAAGUAAACUCCAAACUUAUAUGCGAAAUGUUGAUUGAUGUGUCAAAAAUAUUCGGAGAUGUUUUCAUUCAGACCGCUUUUGACUCCUUUGACUCCUUCUCGGAGCUAUUGCACCAGUUCAUGAACAGAACUGGAUACAUAUACCGUAUUAAAUCAUCGUGUAAUGCUAAUGACCAUAACAAGUACCGAGACAAAACUCGAUCUCGGGCACUCCGAUACGUCUCCGUGACGUUUGUGUGUACUCAACAUGGAGAACCGAAAGGUAAUUCAAACACAAAGCGACUUAAGAUGCAUUGCAAGCCGGUCGGAUGUAAGUCUUUCCUCUCGCUAUCCAGUGCUAAAGGAUUACUAAGGAUAACCAGAUCCAACUUACAACACAAUCACAAACCGUUGGUGGGAUUUUCGCGCUCCAAAAUUCGACGAUGUAAAUUGUCGAAAGAAGAAAUUGAAGAUAUUGCAGCAUUGAAUCAACAUAAUUCAAAAUAUAGAGUUACUAGAAAAAGAAAACAACCCAUAUCUGUCACAGUGCCUACUUCAAGUGACUCACAUCUGUUGCCUCCUGUUACUGAUGAUCGAACAAAACCUAUAGAAGAUCAUUUGAUAAAGAAACAUAAAAACAAUGAUUUCAAUGAUGGGCAGUCAGAUGGUAGAGAUAAUGUUGAGAAGCCACAACAAUUUCCUUCUCAAACUUCAGUCCCAGGUUCUAAACCUAAAAUGGAGAAAGCAGAAAAUAUAGCUCAAACAGUUCAAUUCUCAGUAUCUUCAGUUCAGAAUCCAAUUUCUCAGCCUGCACCUGUUGAAAAACCUCAACUCCCCUGCAAAGAAUUUAUUCUUGGUGUCCAUAAAAUGUCCAAUCAGGUUUCAGUAUGGAAGAAUGGAAAAUCAUGUAAUUCUGGUACUGGCAACAGUUCGCACGCAGUGAUGGCAAGAUCAUUGAACCAGAAUAAAGCAAAAAAGAAUAUAUCAAUACAUCAAAGAAAAUCACCUUCUGUCUCUUCUAACCCAGUUAUCAUUCCAGAUGAGCCACACUGUCCAAUUCCAGCUACCAAAAUUCCAAAGAAACUGACUGCUGCCAGGACAUUUGAAAAACAUCCAGAAAAAGAACAAUAUUAUCAAGGAAAUACCUCUGUUGGCAGGGAAAUGAGUGGUGAUAGCCACGUUUCUAAAAUGGCUGGAAAUUGUCAGGAAAUUACUUCUCAAAUUGCUGCUGAGAAGCCUAUUUGUGUGAUUAAGGAUGUUGGUACUGUACCACAGUCGGUUCACUUCUCAAUGCCUCCAGUUCUGACGUCUGUUAUGCAACCAAAGACUUUUGAAAUGCCACAACCUCACGAAAAGAAAAUAUUUAUUCUUGCUGAUCAUCAGAAAAAUGUAAUGUCCAGUCUGGCAUUGCUAUGGAAGAGUGGAAAAUUAUGUGAUGCUGGUAUUGGAAAUGGUACAUCUACAGUGAUGAUGCAUAAAGUUGUCCUAGCUGCUGUGUGUCCUAAACUGCUGUCAGUGUUUGGUGCAGAUAUGCUUUCUCACAAGUUUCUCCAAAUUAACUUACCACAGGAAGUUAGCAAAGAAGCUUUAACUGCUUUUGCAGAAUAUGCAUACAACGGGAUUCUUGAUCUUGAUCCAGAUAUUUUACAACAGUUAAAAAUUAUUGCAAAACAAUUAGAUAUGAGCGAAUUUGAGUAUUUGUGUAACAGUCAACUUGCAACCACAUUACAUCAUCCACAAUAUCACCAAAUACCAGUUAAAGCAUCUGUAUCAUCAAACAUUACUAUAACACCAAUUCAGCCAUCAUCAUCCAAACCUCUUUCAACUAACACUAAAGAUAUUAUUAAUAUAAAAGAUGACAUUUCUGUAGUUGAAUUAACACAACAUAAAGAAAAUACAAACAUUGCCAUUGAAAGGAAGUCUGAAGUCAGUUCACUAGAUGUAGGUAAAAACAGAAACUCUUCUACUAGUUUAGUUGUUGUCCCCAGUGCACAAACUAAAUCCCUGGAACCUGUAAACAGUAUAUAUAGUCAACAAAAUCAUAAUAUAUCACAUCUAUCCAAAAGAAAUUUAAGCACCUCUCGGAUAUCCCAUAUAUCGCCAUCAGAUUCUUCAGCUGUACCCAGUAAAGUAUUUGCUGUGCCAUUUUCAGACACCACAGAUAGUAGAGCAACAUCAAAUGUACAAAAAUCUAAUAUGAAAUCCAAUACAUCUGAAAGCUCUCUGGCCAAUGAUUUAUCUCCUGUAUCUUGUAUUGUUCAAAAAAUGUGUUCUCAGCCCAGUCUCAUUGGAAGAAAUUUUUAUAAACCUUUCAGUCAAUCUGUAAUCAGUAGAAAAAGUGCCUGUUCUUUUGGUCCUUCUACAUCCAGAGGAAAUAAUGUGUCAUUAUCACCACAAGUUAAUGAUAUCUCUAUAGAUUUAACAGAUGAACUUACUUGAUACCAUAUAUUUUAAUAAAUUAUUUUAUUCACCAAGUU